AUGUGGCGGCUAAAGAUCGGCGAGAGGCCAAGCAACCCGCUGCUCCGCUCGCCGAAUGGCUUCCUUGCCCGGGAGGUGUGGGAGUUCGACCCCGCCGCCGGCACGCCGGAGGAGCGCGCCGAGGUGGAGAGGCUGCGGCAGGAGUACGCCCGCAACCGCUUCACGCAACGGGAAUGCGGUGACCUUCUCAUGAGGAUGCAGGAAAGUACACAGUACAUGCAUGCCUCGUCCUCUUUAUUUGCUCUUGAUCUUGAUUGCCUUUUUGCUAUUAUUACCUUCUUCGUUCGCAUCAUCAGUUUCAUCACCUGCGUUUUAUUUUUUACUUAA